AUGUAUCUACGUAGAGGGUUUGACAGCAAUACAGAUAAAAUUACACAUUCUGGUGACUUUGGAAAUACAGAUAAAAUUACACAUUCUGGUGACUUUGGAAAUACAGAUAAAAUUACACAUUCUGGUGACUUUGGAAAUACAGAUAAAAUUACACAUUCUGGUGACUUUGGAAAUACAGAUAAAAUUACACAUUCUGGUGACUUUGGAAAUACAGAUAAAAUUACACAUUCUGGUGACUUUGGAAAUACAGAUAAAAUUACACAUUCUGGUGACUUUGGAAAUACAGAUAAAAUUACACAUUCUGGUGACUUUGGAAAUACACAUAAAAUUACACAUUCUGGUGACUUUGGAAAUACAGAUAAAAUUACACAUUCUGGUGACUUUGGAAAUACAGAUAAAAUUACACAUUCUGGUGACUUUGGAAAUACAGAUAAAAUUACACAUUCUGGUGACUUUGGAAAUACAGAUAAAAUUACACAUUCUGGUGACUUUGGAAAUACAGAUAAAAUUACACAUUCUGGUGACUUUGGAAAUACAGAUAAAAUUACACAUUCUGGUGACUUUGGAGUGCGCUAA